AUUCCCGCACCUCCCUCCCGCACCCGCGGCACGUGGGGAAGGCGGGACGCGCUUCCGGAGCGGCGGCGGCGGCGGAGCGUGUAAGAUCCUCUGACUCGUAGCAAUGGGGAGACCCAGGAAGGAGUCUGCUGGUACAUCAUCCCCCCGACCAGCCACAACCGCCUCCAAAUCUGCUCCCGCUGCGCCCCCGCCUUCCACCUCAGCCACCCGGGCCAAGGCCACAGCUGCAGGCACCCAGUCCCGAAGCACUCCGGCUACCAAGGCUACCACCCCCACUACCAAGGCUACCACCCCYACUACCAAGGCUACCACYCCCACGCAGGGCCGGGGGACAAAGGCAGACUCUGCUCAGCCAAGAUCUGCAGCAUCCCAUGGAGCCCGAGGAGACGCUGGGAACAAGAGCAGAGCACCCACCAGGAGUUCUACAACCCAGAAGGCGGCGUCUGAUGCCAAAGGAGCUGCUGGUCCUGCCAGAAGUGACCCACGACCACAGAAGAAGCAGCCUGGGGCUGACCUGAGCAAGGCCUGUGACCAAUUCCUGCCCCCUGURAAGAGCCAGGACAUCCCAAGGGUGGAGAAGGAGACCCGGGGCCAGCGGGAAAACCCCAAGUGGUAYGAGUGGCGGGAGAACCGCAUCACCGCCUCCGUGGCCCCCAAAAUUGCCAACAGCAAGUUUGUCAACAACAAGACAGAUGAGGUGCCCCAGUCCUACCUGAGAGAGGUGGUGGGCUCUGGCUCCAAGGUGCAGACCCCAGCCAUGUCCUGGGGGAUCCGCAAUGAGAAGGUGGCCGUGGAGGCCUACAAGAUKAAAUCACAGAAGGGGGGCAAGCCUGUGCAAGUGGAGGAUUGUGGCCUUUUCAUUCACCCAGAGAAGACGUGGCUUGCUGCCAGCCCGGAUGGGAUCGUCAAGGAGGCAGCCACAGGGAAGGAGCUGGGGCUGCUGGAGGUGAAGUGUCCCUACAAGCACAGRAACAGGACCGUGCGCGAGGCCUGCAAGGACAAGGAUUUCUGCCUGGAGCUGGACGGGGAUUCGUAUGCCCUGAAGAAGAAUCAUCCCUAUUUUACCCAGGUCCAAUGCCAGCUGGGAACCACAGGGUUCCAGCGGGCUGACUUCGUGGUGCACACCAACAAGGAGACGGCUGUGGUGCCYGUGGAGUUUGAUGGGGAGUUCUGGGGGAAGACGGUGCCCAAGCUGGAGAAGUUUUACACAGAGGCGGUGAUUCCCCACCUGGAGCAGAAGGCAAUCAGCUCUGCCUGGGCCAAGGAGGAAUAACCACUGCCUGCCUACCUCGACUGGAUACUUCCUUGGCCGCAUAAUUCCAGCUUCGACCCCUAGCAUAGAAGUUACACCCAAGUUAUUUGCUGGACCGUUCAACUAGCAUAGAAAUUACACCCAAGUUAGUUGCUGGACCGUUAACUAGCAUAGAAAUUACACCCAAGUUAUUUGCUGAACCGUUCAACUAGCAUAGAAAUUGCACCCAAGUUAGCUGCUGUUCCUGAACCGUUCACAACCUUGGGACUGAAAAGUUAUACCAGCAGGACCCUGCUUGUAAGGGUCCCCACAAACAGUGCCUUUUUGCUGCCCCAGCCAGGUCAGCACUCAGCCCCCAGAGCCUUCUUGUCCUGUCACGCUCACUGUAUCUCCCACCUGUCCUAACAGCAUGCCUGAUGGAAGCUGGCAUACCUCAGGAUCUGCAAGUGAAGCCAAUGAUAUCUCUGUUCUGGAAUUAGAAGCUUAUUUUGUGGAGAAAACUGGAACCUUUGGCACCUUAACUGCUGUCAGGACUAACUUUUAACUGCACUCCAGAGUGGAGACAGAGACAAGGAAGGUUUGUCAGCCAACCAGUGAUGUGCCUUAAGCAUCAGAGCAAGGGCACAUGGACCUGAGCCAUCGGACCUGCUACUGUGGAAUAACCCAUCACAUUCCCUGUGAGAUGCCUGCAGGGUCUGAACGUGAUUCCCACUGAAGAGGUUGUCCCCCAGGCCAUGCACAGCCUGAGGACCUACCCAUGGAGCAUCCCUGUAACUGCAGUGGUGGUGGUCAUUGCCAGAUUAAAUAUAGAUGCACUGGUCUGCUUGUUUCCUGUUGU